UUCUUCUUCGUCUCCAUCUCCAAUCUAUGCAUGCUGAUAAACAUCAGAAUUUCUCGAAAGAUGUCAUCUUUAGCUCGCCAUGCUCUUCAUUCUUCUCUCGCCUACUCCUCCCUGUCUUCUCAACCCUCUCAGCUUCUUCUCCAAGACGAGGCGGAGGCUCGCGAUGUCGCAUCAUUACUAAAAACCCUAAAUUGGGAGAAAAACACCUCCUUCAAAUCCCUAGUUUCCCACAUAAGCCCAAACAUCGCUUCCCAAUUAAUCUCCUUCUACAGCUCCGAAACCAACACCUGCGUCCGUUUCUUCACAUUGGUCUGCAAGCACUCCUCCUACUGCUUCUACCAACUUUUAAAACUCAUCGUUUUCUCUGAUCUCUACCAAAUCGCACACAGCGUCAUCCUCGCGCUGGUCAGAGAGUCCACCAUCCGCGAGAGAGAGACGCUGCUGACGAAACUGAUGACCUGUUUCGACCAAUUGAGAGACGAGACCGGGUUCAGGUUGAACUACCCUUGCUACAUCUCGCUUCUCAUGUCUUUAGCUAAGCUUGACUUAGGGCUCUUGGCUUACCUGACUUAUAAAAGAAUGGAAUCCGACGGGUUCGUCGCUGGGGAGAUCGAUUACAGAACGGUCAUCAACGCUCUGUGCAAGAACGGUUUAACAGAAGCUGCUGAGAUGUUUAUGUGUAAGAUUGUUAAAAUCGGGUUUGUGUUGGACUCUCAUGUAUGCACUUCUUUGGUUCUUGGGUUUUGUCGUGGUUUGAAUUUUGUAGAUGCUUUGAGAGUGUUUGAUGUGAUGUCUAGAGAUGAAGCUUCGGCUCCGAACUCCGUUACUUACUCGAAUUUGAUUCACGAGUUGUGUCAAGUAGGGAGGCUCGAGGAAGUUUUUGUGUUUAAGGAUAAAAUGGGUGAGAAUGGUUGUGAGCCGAGUACACGUACGUAUACAGUGCUUAUUAAAGCGUUGUGUGAUAAAGGUUUUAGCUUGUUCGAUGAGAUGGUUGGUAAAGGGGGUUGCAAGGCGAGUGUUCAUACCUAUACCGUUUUGAUUGAUGGGUUGUGUAGACAUGGGAAGGUUGAGGAGGCUAAUGGGGUUUUUCGGAAGAUGGUUGAGGAUGGGAUAUUACCUAGUGUGGUGACUUACAAUGCUUUGAUAAAUGGUUACUGCAAAGAAGGGAGGAUCGUUCCGGCGUUUGAGGUGCUUGCUGUGAUGGAGAAGAGGGGUUGCAGACCUAAUGUGAGGACUUUUAAUGAGCUUAUGGAAGGGUUAUGUAGGGUUGGGAGACCGUUUAAGGCCGUGCGUUUGUUGAAGAGGAUGGUUGAUGAUGGUUUGUCGCCUGAUGUUGUGAGUUAUAAUGUUUUGAUCGAUGGGUUGUGUAGAGAAGGGCUUGUGAACGUGGUGUACAAGCUUCUUGGUUCGAUGAGUUUUUUUGAUAUUGAGCAUGAUUGUGUAACGUUCACUGCUAUGAUUGAUGGUUUAUGCAAACGAGGGAAGGCUGAUGUAGCGAGUGCGUUCUUGGUUUUGAUGGUGAGAAAAGGGAUAAACGUAGAUGAAGUUACGUGUACAGCUCUUAUUAAUGGGUUCUGUAAACUUGGUAAAACUCGUGAUGCGUUGUUUAUACUAGAGACAUUGGGUAAGAUGAGACGAUUGACAACUCCUCACUCGCUUAAUGUCCUUCUCGAUGUGCUGAGUAAAAGCUGUAAAGUGAAAGAAGAGUUAGCGAUGCUUGGGAAGAUUAAUAAGCUUGGUUUAGUUCCUUCUGUGGUGACUUACACAACGCUGGUCGACGGGUUGAUUCGGUCAGGUGAUACCAGCGGUUCAUCGAGGAUGCUGGAAACGAUGAAGUCAAGUGGUUGUUUGCCGAAUGUUUAUCCAUACACAAUCAUCAUCAACGGUCUUUGCCAAUUUGGUAGACUCGAGGAAGCAGAGAAGCUUCUUGCUGCUAUGCAAGACUCGGGAGUCUCGCCGAACCAUGUUACUUAUACCGUUAUGGUGAAAGGAUAUGUAGAUAAUGGGAAACUAGACCGUGCUCUCGAGAUUGUAGGUGUUAUGGUUUAAAGAGGGUAUGAACUGAACGAGCGUGUCUAUUCUUAUCUGCUACAUGGACUUGUUGCUUUACAAGGAAGCGAUGAUGCGUGUAUCAGCAAGCUAGUAUCUAUGGUUGAACAGCUAGGUGGGUCAACACGCGGAUUAUAUGAUUUUGUUGUCACACGGCUAUGCAAAGAAGGAAGAAUAGAUGAGUCCAACGAACUGAUACAAACUAUGCUCAAGAGAGGUGUUUAUAUCGAGAAGGCAAUAGACACCGUCAUAGAAUCUUACUGUGGCAGGAAGGAACACAGCAAGUGUGUGGAGCUGAUCACUUUUGUUCUUGGAAAUGGGUUCGUUCCUAGUUUCAAAUCCUUCUUCUUAGUGAUUCAAGGUUUGAAGAAGGGAGGAGAGACAGAGCAGGCACGUGAGCUGGUGAUGGAGCUUCUGAGCUCAAAUGGGGUUGUAGAAAAGAGUAGAAUGUUGGAUUAUGUUAAGUGUCUGAUGGAAGGAAAUGAAGCUGGUGACUGCGGUGAAGUCAUUGAUAUGAUUGAUCAAUUGCACUACAAAGAAAGACCCAUCUUCUAAGUUAACACUUUCAAAUUUUUGUAUAACCAUUUUUGGAAAUUUUUUUGAAAUAAUUUUUUUCUGUUUCCAGUGUUACAGAACUGAUUCAUUCUCUUUUUGUCAAUGAUCAACUGAUGUUGGACUAAGCUCAAAUAUCACUUAAAAGCCCAAA